AUGAGCUUCUUGCUGCUUGAUACGGGCUUGACCCCACUCCACCCGGCCUUGGCUGAUGCUUAUUGGGAAGCUGGUGGGCAACCAAACGUCAUGGCUGCUGGCGCAACGGUCGCUGAGUACGCUGUCCGCGGAAGGGAACAAUGCGACGAAGAGCAGGAAAAAAGUGGCCGUCAUAGCGCACAAAAGGCAGAAGGCGCCGGUGAAAGACGAGCCGCUGCUUGCUCUCUCUCCCUCACCUUUGACCCGGCCUCACCGAACCUCCAAGGGCUCCCGACCGUCAUCCCCGCCAAGCCCACAAGUCUAGUUGGCGAGAAGGAGGCUGCUUUGGCCGACUCUCACAGCCAGUCCAGCGACUAUCGCAAGGCCACGGGUAUCGAGAAGAGCUAUGAUGCCGAGGCAGGCCUCCAAGGCCAGCCUGGCAGCCGCGACAGCAGCGAUGUGAGCUUCUCGAUUGAAAAGCAGAUUGAGAUGGAAGCAGGGAAUGACAUCAAGUACCGCACAUGUAGUUGGCCUAGAACUGCCGCUCUGUUGUUUGCCGAGUACAUUUGUUUGGCCAUCAUGUCCUUCCCAUGGUCAUACUCGGUCCUUGGCCUUGUCCCAGGUCUACUCUUGACCGUUGCCAUUGCAGGACUUGUCCUCUACACUUCCUUGAUAACCUGGGAAUUCUGCCUGCGCCAUCCUGAGAUCCGCGAUGUGUGCGAUUUGGGCCAGAUGAUCUUCUGGAACAAGUCGUGGGCGUUCUACUUUACUGCCGUCAUGUUCAUUCUGAACAACACCUUCAUUAUGGGACUGCACUGUCUUGUAGGAGCCAAGUGGUGGAACACCAUCACUGGACAUGGGGCUUGUACCAUUGUCUUCUCUGCCAUCACAGCCCUGAUUUCUUUCGCUGCUUCAUUACCUCGUACAUUCUCCACGCUUGCCCAGCUCGCAACGUUCUCCGCACUCUUCACGUUCGUCUCGGUCGUCCUUGCAGCCAUUUUUUCUGGAAUCGAGCGCAAGCCUGCUGGCUAUCCUAGCUUGGGCGAGCCUCUCGUAACUGCAUUUCCAGAGGCUACUGUCACUUUUGUGACUGGUAUGAGUGCGUUCAUGAACAUUAGCUAUACUUUCAUUGGACAGAUUACGCUGCCUAGCUUCAUUGCUGAAAUGAAGAACCCCAAGGACUUCCCCAAGGCGCUCUGGACCGUCACCAUAUGCGAGAUUAUCGUAUUCAGCCUGGUUGGUGGUGUUGUGUACGGCUACACUGGAAACCAAUACAUGACUUCGCCAGCUUUUGGCAGUCUUGAGAACGAAGUCUACAAGAAGGUUGCGUUUACGUUCAUGGUUCCCACCAUAGUCUUCCUGGGUGUCCUUUACGCCUCCGUUUCCGCACGGUUCGUCUUCUUCCGUGUCUUCGCCGGCACCGAGCACGUAUCCUCUCACACUGUUGUCGGAUGGCUAGGCUGGGCUGGAAUUCUCGCAAUCCUGUGGAUAUUCGCUUUCAUCAUUGCGGAAGUCAUUCCCUUCUUUUCGGACUUGCUUUCGCUUAUGAGCUCGCUGUUUGAUUCGUUCUUCGGCUUCAUCUUUUGGGGCGUCGCGUACUAUCGCAUGCGCCGAGAGACCUACGGCCCUGAUUUCUACAAGACGCGCGGGUUCCGUGGAUACUUUGGGUUUGGAUUCAACAUCGUGCUCUGCUUGAUUGGCUUGCUGUUUUUAACGGCAGGCACGUAUGCUACCGUGCAGUCCAUUAUCAAUGGGUAUAGGAUGGCAUCCUUCGGCGGACCGUUCUCUUGUCAAGACAAUGGUUUGUAG